UGCGAUUGAUCGAUGCCCGAAAAAUUGGAAAAUUAUUAAGAAAAAACGGCAUGGCUAAAAUAUGCUUGAAUAUGCAUAAUUAACGUCACAUUCAUAUAUUCUUCGAUUCAUGUUUUUUCUUAAUUAAAUUUUAGAGUAACACCUGGUUUUCACGCUUUUGGGAUUCCGGUAUUCUUUUGAUCUUUGGAUUAAUCUUUUAGAUUCACAAGUUUGAUCUAUCGAAAAAUGUAAUGAAUUUCCGGGAACUCCAAAAAGCACAAAAGUGUGUCCUUUUUCCGAUUCAGAACCCCAAUAUUAUAAUUUUACAUUACGAAAAUCACAUAUUUUGUGACUAAGAGUCCAUUCUAUAUUCCUUAUAUUCUCGAGAUCACGCUUUUAUGAAACAUGAUCGUCUGGUUUCCCAUCUGUGGUUUGUGCCACGUUGCUUAGAACCAAUUGUGCCAUGACAACUGGAGCAGUAUAAAAGAAUAAUGGCAAAAGUGGAAAAUUCAGAAGCUCCAUAUUUUGACAAACGUCUUUAUCUUCUACAUCCAAACCAACAAUGACCAAAGCUGAGUUCCAAAAAAUCCACGAUGAGAUGAAGGCAUUGAAAGCCGCCGGAAAGCAAGACGAGUUUGCUAAGAAGUUUGUUACCAAAGAUGCCAUCUUCAUGGGUCCACUCCACGAGCCAGCCAAUGUGAAUGAAGCUGCCAAGUUUGCAAAAAGCGAGAUGAUGGCUGCCGUCUCAAAGGGAGAGUUCAAUAUCACUAUUGACGAGAUCACUCCAAUCGGGGACGUCGUCAUCGAGCGUUGCACCAUCCACGCCAAGGUUGCAAGCGGGGACAAGACUGGAUGGUCCCUCUGUGUCUGGGUCAAGGAUGGAGGAGCAUGGAAGAUCCGUAACUCGUGCACCACGUUCAAGGUUGUCCCAUCGGCAUAAAUUAUCAAAUUUUAUUUGAUUUGCUUUAUUUCAACAGUUGUGAAAUAAACCCAUGUUAAUUCAAAA